AUGGCAAAUGCUGGUAAGAAAAGCAGCGAAAACGAGCCUGUGAGCUUUUUGCCGCAGGGAAAAUACCUGAAACCGGAGGAAAUUGAGUAUGAAUUCGGCGGGAAGUUGGGUGUUGUCGGAAUGAUGAUUGGGUUUCCUUUGCUAAUGUGGUACAUGUGGAUUUGUGCUGAGUUUUACCACGGUACAAUUGCGCUGCCAGCUGAGGGGCAAUCAUGGCCUCAAUUUGUCGGCCAUUUGUACGGGCUAUUUUUGGAGCAUGGAGUUCCAAGCCGGUAUGCGUGGACCGUUUUCAUGAGUUUCUGGGUGGCCCAAAUUGUUUUUUAUUACACGUUGCCGGGAGUGGCGACGAAAGGUCAACCGCUUACGCAUUUGAAGAACAAACAAUUGCCCUAUUAUUGCAAUGCUAUGUGGACUUUUUACACUACGAUCACAUUGGUACUUGCUUUGCAUUUCUCCGGCCUGUUCAGAUUGUACACUAUUUUGGACAUGUUCGGCGAAAUUAUGACUUGCGCGAUUAUUUCCGGGUUUACUUUCUCCAUUGGGCUUUACCUAUGGUGCUUGUUCAUUUCUGGUGAUUACCACCGCAUGACAGGCGAUCAUUUGUACGAUUUUUUCAUGGGUGCUCCACUCAACCCGAGGUGGGGGAUCCUGGAUCUCAAGAUGUUUUUUGAAGUCCGUUUGCCCUGGUUUACCCUUUUUUUCCUCACGUUAGGCGCCGCACUCAAACAAAUCGACCAAUACGGCUAUCUGACGCCUCAAAUGGGUGUCAUUUUACUCGCGCAUUGGCUUUACGCCAAUGCAUGUGCCAAGGGCGAAGAAUUGAUCGUUCCUACCUGGGACAUGGCCUAUGAGAAGUUCGGGUUCAUGCUCAUUUUCUGGAAUAUCGCGGGUGUGCCUUACACCUAUUGCCAUUGCACUUUGUACCUACAUUACCACGAGCCUUCCGAGUACAAUUGGUCCUGGCAAUACAAUCUGGCACUUUACGUGACGUUGCUAGGUGCAUACUACUUCUUUGACACUGCCAACGGCCAAAAAAAUUCGUUCCGCAAACACUUAGCUGGUGACAAGACUGUGCGCAAGACGUUUCCUUAUUUGCCAAAACAAGUCUUGACAAAUCCUAAAUAUAUGACCACGAAGAACGGCUCCUGCUUGAUGAUCGACGGCUGGUACAAAUACGCCAGGAAGAUCCAUUACACUGCCGACUGGAUUCAAUCUUUGGUUUGGGCCCUGUCCUGCGGUUCCAACUCUGUUUUCCCAUGGUUUUUCCCUGCUUUUUUCUUGAUCGUCUUGAUUCAUAGAGCACUAAGGGAUCAGGCCAAGUGUCGCAAGAAGUAUGGUGAUGAUUGGAAAGCUUACUGCAAAGAAUGUCCAUAUUUAUUCAUCCCAUAUGUCGUUUAA